AUGGGCUGGGGCAGCAAGCCCGAGGCGGCGAAGCCCAAGAAGAAGAUCUGCUGCGCCUGCCCCGAGACCAAGACGGCAAGGGACGAGUGCAUCACGCUCAACGGCGAGGAGGACCCGCGCUGCCAGGAGCUGAUCGAAGCGCACAAGCAGUGUCUGCGGAAGGAGGGGUUCAACGUCUGA